AUGGCCGACAACACAAGCGGCCAAGGGCCUGCACCGCCCGGGCCGGUGAACGGGACCUAUGGACAACCUCAACCAUCCUUUCACGAGCAUUCCGUGCGGCCGUUCACGCUGCAAGAGGCACUGCCCUAUUCGCCUCAAACAUCGGUCGUGCCAUUUACUGCAGACCUGAUUCCUGAUCCCACGGUUGGGUCCGGCCUACCUGCCUCGAGCAUCGCUCAUCUCUUUAGCAACAAGGAUUUCGACCAACUCAACAGACAAGCUUCGCAGGAUCCGAACAGCAAACAAUUGAAACAUGCUGUAGACCACUUGCUUCAGGAGCUGAGACCAAACCAGCGAACAUUUUACAAGUUCAAGCAAAUCACGAAGCCGCUCACCGACCUCGAGUCAUCAAAACACAGACCCGAAGGCCUCACAAAAGGUCUGACGCCACUGAGCACCAUGGUCCUUGAAAGGGCGCCCACCUUCAUUCGACGACCAGGCGAUGGCCCGACUCGAACUACGCCAAAUGGCGAAUCUGGCGUUCACGACCAACAGCGACCGCCGAAGAAGUCAGGCUCGCCACAGGACGCGAAACGGGCCAUUUCCAACGCAGAGGCGCAUCGCCAGAAUGCAGCUCGCAUAGAGAUUGCCAUUCCCGCCAAACAGUUCGACCCGACUGCCUACGUUGCUUAUUCUGACCAGCCUUCGCCCAUCGAUCAAAGCACAGCACCCACGGCUCCUCAGCAAGCCCUUCCCCAAGGAGUUGUCAAGCUUGAACCCACUGGCACGAGUGAAGUUUCCUCCGCUCAGUCUACCGCUGCGCCAGUCAAAAGAGAGUCAGAGACUAGGAACGCCGCUUUCGCUGUUGAGCUUCCACAUACUACGUUCAACAAGGCAGAGUACGCUCACGUACCAGAUGAGAUGGAUGAGCCCCUGCAACUGUCGGUCAGACGAGAAGCCUACCACGAUAGCCAGGACGCGCUCGGGGCAAGUCUAGACCAGCGACAAAGGGCUGAGACGGCACUGCUCGACCUGGAUCGACUAGCUCGCAGUGUGUUCGACGCUGUUGGUCAUGCUUUGCAGCGCGAUCCUGGCUACGCUCACAUCGUGACCAUCACUAAUAACGGUGAUCCGGCACUUGCGAGCGACGCUCAUCAACGAUUGCAGAAAGCCGUCGAGAAGGUCAUCAGUCUGGGAAGCUAUGCUGAAGUCCCCCUGGAUGUGCUCAUGCGGAUCCAGAAGCUCAGCGAAGUGAGUGUCAAGCAGACCCUUGAGUUGGAUCUUAAACUUGAUGACAGUUGGGGCGAGUCCGAUGUCAAUAGAUGGCUAGACCAGCUUCAGCAGGUGGAGAUCGGCUUGAGGGCGGGCCGGACCAUGAUGCGUAUCAUGUGCGGCGGGCGUGAAGAAAAGCUGCUGUAUUCGGAGGAUGCCAUUAAGCAGGGCAUUGAGCUGUACAAGAAUGUCAUAGAUGGCAUUGUGGUUCCGGUGGUCGAGCUCAAGGGCAGCGGGCCGACCAGCGACCUUUUCAAACUUCUCCAACCACACAAGAAGGAACUCGCCACAAUCCUGGUCAAUUGCCAACGCCUAUUCGCGCUUCUCACGAAUCUCGUCCGAAGCAUUCAGCUCUCCGAUGUUGCUCUCGGCACUCUCGAAUUCUCUGCCUCGAGCCUGAUUUUCGUCGACAAUGCUCACUACGAGAAGGAUUCCGUGGUGGGGGUCCAGAAAUUCGACGGGAUCCGUUUGGUGGCGAUGGACAUGCUCUGCCAGAUCUUCCUUGUCAAGCCAGAUGAGCGUAAUGGCAUCUUCAACGAGCUUCUCACGUCUCUUGAGAAGUUGCCAGUCGGCAAGCAAAGCGCUAGGCAGUUCAGGUUGUCAGAAGGCGGGAACAUCCAGCCUCUCUCUGCACUCCUGAUGCGUCUCGUUCAGUCGAGCUCUGGAAAGAUACAAAACAAAGAGCAACGUGUAAGGACAUCAGAAGACGCCGACGGUGAAGAGGACGAGCUCCAAAAUGGCACCGCGACACAUGCGGGGCCCGAUCAGCAGAUCUUCACGAUUAAAUCGGAGAUCCAGGGUGCGGAUGAACACCAUACUGCCAUGACUGAAUUGGAGAAUGUCUCGAAACCUCUUGUCGACGGCGUGCAGCGGAACGCCUCUCACGUUGUCAACUUCAUUGUCAACCGGGCUCUGAAGUCAACCAAGUCUGGGGACGCACCGUUCCGCAACCUACUGGAUCUUUUCGUCGAAGACUUCACCACAUGCAUGGAUUCGCCUGACUGGCCGGCUGCCGAAUUGAUUCUCCGACAAUUGACCUACUCUAUGAUUCGCUUGUGGGAGAACGACAAAUCAGUGGCUCCUGCAAAGAACAUGGCUCUCGAACUGCUCGGUGUCAUGUGUGCAGCGGUGUCGAGGCUGCGCUCCCAUAUCAGGAAAGUUGCGGAGAGCAAAGACUCGAGCACUGGUGAUCAGUUGGGGCGGUUUCUCGCAGACCUUGCCAUGGCCGCCCUGGAGCAGAACAAUCGCGUGGAGCACUUGGUUUCCUGGUCGGGACCCUUCCGGGCUACCCUUGAGCACCUCGAGGAACGCUGCGCCGAUGACCCUCACCUCAGGGGUGCCAUCUCAUAUCUGAUCACGGAUUGGGCCGAGCGUUGCAGCUUGGCUUACCACGGCGUCGAGGAAGAUAUGGAGGAGCGUGAUCGCGAGUAUGGCCGUCUCGCCUAUCGACUCCGGAUGAUGAUCGAUGACCCUCGCUGGCUCUCCAGUGAGUAUACGUUCAAAAAAGUUGCGCCCAACCACGCCAAGCUGUCUUACUCGAUUGUAUUGCUUCGCUCUCCUUUCUGCGAGCUAUUCCCUCGUAUGCUUAACGCUCUACUUAACGCCAUGGCUAGCGAUCAGGCAUCCGUCCGAAGCAAGAGUCUGAGAAGCAUCAAUCAGCUUUUGGAGACCGACCCGGCAAUUCUCGACGGCAACUCGUUGGUCGUGGAGCUCAUCCUGAACUGUUCUAAUGAUUCUUCGCCACAAGUCCGCGACUCGGCUAUUGGCCUCAUGGGCAAGUGUAUUCAGCUACGCAGCAAUCUCGAGGAGAAGAUGAUGGAAAAAAUUCUGGAUCGCUUCGUCGACAGCGGUGUGGGAGUACGCAAGCGCGCCAUGAAACUCGCGCGUGACAUCUACCUGCGUAAUCAGAGCAAACAGGCCCGUAGCGCUAUCGCCAGCAACCUACUGCACCGUGUGCAAGACCCCGACGAGAGUGUGCGCGAUCUGGCUCGGCAGAUGAUCGAGGAGGUUUGGUUCGCGCCUUUCUAUCAUGCCGAGGACACACCCGCAUUCAAGUCCUCGCUGACCGAACACGUCGCUCUCAUGAUCCAGACGAGCAAGUCUGGGAACAUUACCGCUAUCCUAGACAAGGUGCUGCAAUCAAUCCUCGGCACGACGAACAAGGCUCAGAAAGGGCCAUUUGAGGUGAGCAUCAAACUGGUCGCCAGCAUGUUCGAGCUCAUCGACAACCUUGAUUCGGACGACCCAUCUAUUCCUCACGGGCGAGACGCAUUACAAGUUCUUCAAGUCUUUGCGAAAGCCGAUCCCAAGCUCUUCACCUUUGAGGAGAUCCGCCUCCUGAAACCACACCUGUCGAGCUAUAGCACCGUUGACGACCGGGCCGUGUUCAAAGCUGUUGCCGUCAUUUACCGCCAGGUGUUACCGCAGCUUACGAUCAAACAUGAAGAGUUUCUCAAAGAUGUUCGAACACAACUUCAAUACUGUCUCGGCAAGAUUAUCAAGCCACUCCUGGAUGAUUCAGUCGCUUGUCUCUGGAUCUUAGCCCAGUUGCUUGGCAAUCGUAUGAACUUGGCUCGUCUUGCCGGAUCCAGUCUUGCGGGGACAGUCAAGCUUCGUCAGUCGCCUCCUAACGAGAAAACUGUCCAGCUCUUCAUCCGCUACUCCCAGAUCAUUGGCGCCGUCGGCAAGCACUGCAAUCUAGACUCUGAUUGGGAUUCAUUCAAGGCCGCAGGCAGCCCGUCUCUGCCCGAUUCCAAAGACAAGUCGGUUACGAAGCUCAUGGUGGAUCAACUCUCUCCUUGGGCUGACUCAAAGAAGCCUCUGGAGGCAAGGAAGGCCGCUUUGGAGGCGAUUGGGCUCAUCUGCCAAUCGCACCCUCGCAAUUACGUGUCCCCCAACGUGAUCCCGAGAUUCGAGGCUGUCUUUUCGGAGAAGAACCCCGUCCUCGAGGAUGCUGUUUUGAGGUCCUUCAAAGAGUUCCUCAUCAGUGAGGAGCGACGAUCCGAGGCCUCUACCGCCAAACCCGCCACGGGCCCAGAUGACAAGAAGCGCAAUUUGACAGUGAUGGGCGGAACCACCCACGACGAUGUCAGCAGCGCAACUACGCAGCGCUUCCUGGAAGACAUUACGAGAAUCGCUCUAUCGUCUAAGGACGAGCACGCCUUCUUGGCCGUCGAGGUUCUCGGUAGCAUCAAUCGACAAGGCCUCACGCAUCCAAAGGAGGUUGGUGUCACGCUGAUCACUCUGGAAACCUGCCCGGUUCAUAGGAUCUCUGAGGUUGCUUACAUGGAACAUCGAGCUCUGCACGAGAAGUACGAGACCGUUGUCGAACGUGAGUACGUCAAGGCCAUCCAAGUGGCUUAUGAAUAUCAGCGCGACAUUAUAAAGGAUCCCCGCGGCGCAACGGAGAACCCUUUCCAAUCAAAACUUCAUCUGUUGAUGGAGGUUCUAAAGAUCAGCAAGUCGAAAAAUCGUCAGAAGUUCAUGACCAAACUCGUCGCUCACGUUGAUUUCGACCCGAAUAAACUGGAAACCACGGACGAAAUGCCACCUCAGAUGGGCAUCUCCCGGUUCAUCAUUGAGAACCUUGCCUUUUUCGAGUACAUGACCGUCGGAGAGGUGCAGUUGACUGUCGCCGCCAUGGAAAAGGUCGUCUCUUCGACAGGGUCUAAUCUCGCGCAUGUUAUUGAGACGGAGCUGUUCAAUGUCCGCAUGGACAUGGAUACUGAACAGCCCCUGCAACCUGUCGCGCCGAAAGAGGGACAAGUUGAGGACGAUUCAGUCGUGCAAGAACAAUCGUUUGGGCCGCCCCUUGCGAAGCUCAAUGUCACCCCUGAGCGGCUGCGGCAGCUCGGAGCCGGCGCCAUCAUUUUACUAGCGCUCUGGGAGGCGCGAACACACAUCAGGCGUCUCUACGGCAUGAACAGUAACCGCAGGGAGUCGAAGAGCAAAGCGGCUGCCAAGGAUCUCAGCAAAACACCCGUCAAGGUUCCGGGCAUCACGGGUGACAAGUUUUGGGAAGAAGUCACUUCUCAUAUCAGCGGUCUGGCUUCACAAGAGUGCCUCAUGCGCAAGUGCCGAGCCUUUGUAGAGCUCAUGAACGUUGACAAGGAGUUCAAGGUUCAGAAAGAGGACGAGGAGCUUGAUGAGGAAGAGCCCGCGACUCCCAGCGGUGGCGAAGACGAAGUGGGAACUCUCAACCGGAAGAGGAAAGCAGGUCCAGGCACGCCCGGGAGCCGCAAGAAGCAGGCGAGGAUGAACGGCCAAAAGCCGCGCGGACGACCACGAAAGGGAGCCCAGCCGACCAGCGAUGAUGAGGAUGCUGACGGAGACUUUGAUGACUUGUUCUGA